AUGUCUUCUCCUACGGUAAACAGCAGCAAUGAUCCUAGAAGACCUGAACGAAUUCAGAGGUAUAAAGCUCCAACUUCAAAUGCUGUUGGUGGUCCUGGAGAUGAUCCCAUUCCAGAUUAUAUGAAUGUUCUUAGCAUGUUUUGUAGUAUGUUUGGACUUAUGAUGAAAUUGAAAUGGUGUGCUUGGAUUGCACUUUAUUGUUCCAGUAUCAGUUUUGCCAAUUCUCGAGUCAAUGAUGAUACUAAACAAAUUCUGAGUAGUUUUAUGCUUUCAAUUUCUGCAGUUGUGAUGUCUUAUUUACAGAACCCUCAGCCAAUGACUCUACCAGGGACUUCUUAGCAUUGAAACAUGCGUCUUAAGAAUAUUACUGUCAUCAUUAAAUACACAUAGAAAUAUUAUUUGUAUUAUAUCAUAAAUUAUGUAUUUUGAUUGUAAUAUUCUAUAUAUCUCAACUGGUCUCAAGCACUCUUCAGUUCAAAGAAUUUAUGUUAAUAAUACAAAUAUGAAAGAAGCAGUUUAUUUAUAUUGUUAAGACUGAAAAAAUCUGAAUGUUCUAUUUAUUGAAUUUCAUUUUGUUUAAAGCUUUGAUUUAUGAAAUGUAAAACAAACUAUAACAUAUAUAUAUAUAUAUAUAUAUAUAAUAUGGUUUGAUACAUAUUAAUAUUGUAACAACAAGCAACUAAUAAAUAUUUUUUAUUUAUUUGGCAAAA